AUGCUUUUGCUCUCGGGAAAAAAGAACAAAAGCGCGACGCAGAAGAACGAACGCACGAACGCACAAAGAAAGAAAGUCACGAGGAUGAUGACAUCAUCAUCAUCGGGACUGGAAAAUGAAGUCCAAAUCACGGCCACUUUCGUGACCAAAACGAUAACGAAUCCUAAAUUCAUAGUCUCCCCGUCCCCAAUUACCGUCCCUGGAAAAUUAACGAGGUACGGCUUGAGCGAAGUCGUCAACCAUUUGCUCUCGCUUUCGGCGGCUUCGGAGGAGGAGAAUGAAAACGAAACGAAAUCGAUCCCGUUUGAUUUUUACAUCGAUAACUGUUUACUCCGAACCUCUCUGGCAAAAAUGGCGAAAAAACUAUCAAAAUCUGCGGAACAAACGUUGGUGAUUGAAUACGUCCCGGCGCAAAUGCCACCGGAGGAACAGAAAGCGGAUGCGAAAAGAGAUUGGAUUUCAAGCGUGUGUGGGAGUUGGAGUAAAGCGAUGGUGGCGGGGUGUUACGACGGCGCGGUGUACGCGCACGACAGCAAAGGGGUGGAGAUUGAACGGUUGAUGGGUCACGAAGGGAGCGUCACGUGCGUGACUUUAGCGCCGCCGAGGGAAGGGAGUGGGUGUUUGGUCAUAGCAGGGGGGAUGGAUUGUACCGCGAGAGUGUUUCGGCUGGACGAAAACGGGAGGAGGAGGAAAAGCGACGACGAGGACGAGAAGACGAGAAGCGGCGGCGGCGUGAUAAGGCAUAAGGUAUUUCGAGGACACGAUAUGCAAGUGAAUUGCGUGGCAACAACGACAACGAGGCUGGACGAUGAGAAUAGCGUGAGAUUGUUCUGUACCGGGAGCGACGACUCGACCGUGAAAUUGUGGAAUUUAGACGGCGGGAUGGACUCCUACGCGGACGAAGAAGAAGGAAAAGAAGAAGUGGAAGGAAACAACAACAACAAAAGAAAAUUAGACGAGGACAAAACACGAAACGAGCAAAGCGGAAGCGCGAUGUUGACUUUAGAAGGGCACACUGAACGCGUGACGGGAUGUGUGUUUGAGAAUCCUCGAUCGUUGUGGACGUGUUCGUGGGAUCGAUCCAUCCGAAAUUGGGACGUGGAGACGGGAGAAAUGCGAGAGUCGUUCGUCGGUACGGACGUAAGCGCGAGAACGUGUUUAGCCGUACGAAAACGAACGGACGAUUUAGAUAUAACCGGGACAGAAACAAUGUGCGUCAUCGCGCACGGUGGGACGGACAACAUAGUCAGAAUUUGGGAUCCGAGAGAAGGCAACGCCAGCGAAGGGACGACGCUGUUGCGAGGACACCAGGUGCGUAUUCGUAUUUGCUUUAUGAUUUCUUUUCUUUUGCUCUCUUCUUUCUUCGACACAACCUUUCGCGCGCCGGUGAUGAUCAAAUGA